UCUAUACCUGCCUAUUAUUAUUAUUAUUAUUAUUAUAGAUCUGGGGGUGUGGACGACUAUCUAAUGGUUUCCUUUAAAGUGGAGCUACAUUCGCCCACAUACAUCUGUAUAGGAGGUUUCCUACAUCCUGGUAUUUUUAUUUUUUUUAUUUCAUGUUUUGAUUGUUUGAGGCCGAGUCUGUUUACCUCACGUGACUCGGUCUGAGGAAGAAGGCUGCUUUCCUCUCAUGAUACGCUGUUACGUUUCCCAUUAGGUUUAACGCCCCUCCGGUCUAAAAUAUCUGUUUCCUAUUUUGGUUUCACUUGAGUUUAUUUGUGUAUUAAGAGUUUAUGAGCAGAGGUUGACUGAGCUUGCCUCAAAUAGCAGACGUGUAGGCACGAGCAGGAUUUAUGACUUAACAACUAGUGGCAAAUACAUUGAGAUGAGGACAUCUCGUGUCCAGUAAUGAAAUAAAUAGUACAGCAUAUUCAGAUCAUGGACUUUUCAGUGAGAUAGAAGAUAGAUGUACACUGAACACAUAUUUCCACGGUGUUGGGAUGAACAGGUCCAGGUCCAGCUGGGAUAAAAAGGUCUCCCAGUCUCCAGUCACUAGGAUGACCCGCAGCUCCCUGACCAGGCACACCGACCCUGCUGAGACCCAGGACGCUGGGCCCGGUCCCGGUCCCUAUGGAAAACAGCGAAGGAAGCAGACAGACUCUGCUUUGGUCCAGGACCUCAGUCAGAUGAGUGUGAGCAGACAGGACAGUUUACCUACAAGUAAAGGAAAGAUGUCCAAAAGCAGCAGUGACCCUAUGCAGGCCGGACAGUCCUCUGGGUCCAGAGCUGCGUUAGCUGCUAGGUCCUCGUCCCAGGGCGGUCUAGCCUCCGUUGCUCGGCUGGUGAAGCUUGGCCGCUGUAAGAACGUGGUGGUGGUGGCCGGAGCAGGAAUCAGCACAGCCAGUGGCAUCCCAGACUUCAGAACUCCAGGAACAGGUCUUUACGCCAACUUGGAGAAGUACAACAUCCCUUACCCAGAAGCUAUUUUCAACAUUGAUUACUUCUCCAACGACCCUCAGCCUUUCUUCUCCCUGGCCAAGGCUCUGUAUCCUGGCAGCCACCGACCAAACUACAUACACUACUUUGUCCGCAUGCUUCAUCACAAAGGCCUGCUGCUCCGAAUGUACACCCAGAACAUCGACGGACUGGAGAAACUGUGUGGCAUCCCAGAUGACAAACUUGUGGAAGCUCAUGGUGGUUUUGCUACGGCUGCCUGUCACCUGUGCUACACUCAGUUCCCUGCUGAGGAGGCUAAGCAUGCCAUAAUGAAUGACAACAUCCCUAUAUGCACAUUCUGUGCUGCAACAGUCAAACCUGACGUUGUAUUUUUUGGAGAGGACCUUCCUCAGAAGUAUUUCCUCCACACUGCAGACUUCCCCAAAGCAGACCUGCUAAUCAUUAUGGGCACAUCUUUACAGAUUGAGCCAUUUGCCAGCCUGGUGAACACGGUGCGCUCCACGGUACCUCGUCUCCUCCUGAACCGACACGCCGUGGGUCCCUUUCAGAAGGUCCCACCGCGGAGAGGAGACCACAUGGAGCUUGGUGACCUGGAGGAUACAGUGAGGAGGUUUGCUGAAAUGCUUGGCUGGAUCGAUGAGAUUGAGGAGCUGAUGAGGAGUCAGGAAACACUGAGCAUCCCUACAUUGAUUAGCAGCCCGUCAGUGAGCGGACAGACAUCUUGUGAGAACAGAGGAGCUCCAGAGCCUCCAGGUGGAACGGAAACAUCCAAGUCCAGACCAGGAGGUCAAAGGGCAUCCAACAGCGGUGGCGAGGAGACUGACUCAGAGACGGACAGCAAGAGCUCUGCAUCAUCCUGCCAGAGCAACUGAUGCUGCAUGUUGCAUAAACAAUGACACUGGAAAGGUUUGAGACCGUAGUUCACAUUAAGACUGUUCUCCGGUAAUUGUAUAUACACACCCGUUACUUUUCAAUUGGUUAUUUGUUGCAAAAUGUUUUUGUUUGUGUGCAUUAGAGUGAAAGUGCAUCUUACCUCUUCAUCUGGAAGUCGCAGUGUGUCAUGGUUAUGCUAUGUUCAUAUGUAAACCAAAUAAUCAAGCCAUCAUCAACCAUAUUUAAAACACUUAUUAUAGAGGUUGGGUCUAUCCAGAACACUAGUGUGUGUAUGUAUGUAUAGAUGCCAUACAUACACACACACAGCUAUAUCUACUAGUGUUCUAAGGCCCAUCUUAGUAAACUUGUUCAUGUUUUAUAUCAGCACUAUAUUUUAGAUAUUAUUUAAUAAAAGUAUUGUGUAAAUUGAA